GGCUCGGGCGCUUGAUAAGAGGCGGUUGCUAAGCUACGCCAACCCCAAAUUCGACAUCUCAGCCAAUAAGCUGUCGCUACGGAGUGGGGGGCGUGGCAGUCAGCCCAGGACCAAUCCGUGACUGCAGCAGGAACCACAGGGAGGGUCAUCGUCUCGCCAAUAGGAAGUACUCGGAGGCGGGCCUGCCAGUCGGCGGACGGCUGAGACGCCAUGAAUAUCUUGCCCAAGAAGAGUUGGCACGUCCGGAACAAGGACAAUGUGGCCCGCGUGCGGCGUGACGAGGCUCAGGCCCGGGAGGAGGAGAAAGAGCGGGAGCGGAGGGUGCUGCUUGCCCAGCAGGAGGCCCGCACAGAAUUCCUGCGUAACAAAGCCAGGCACCGGAGCUCUCUCCCUGAGCUCGAAUCAGCAGAGGCAGGAGCCCGCGGUUCUGGCCCUGUGGACCUAUUUCGGGAGCUGCUGGAGGAAGGGAAAGGGGGGACCAGAGGCAAUAAAGAGUACGAGGAAGAAAAGCGACUGGAGAAAGAGAGGCAGGAGAAAGCUCUGGGCAUCCUGACAUACCUGGGCCAGAGUGCAGCGGAAGCCCAGACUCAGCCACCUUGGUACCAGCUCCCCCCGGGGCGAGGGGCCCCCAAGCCUGGCCCAGGUCCAGAUGAGAAGAUCAAGAACCGCCUGGACCCUCUUCGGGAGAUGGAGAAGCAUUUGCGGAGGAAGCGGCGGCACAGCGGAGAGGAUGGCGGCCACAAAAUGAAGGGGAAGGGGGUGCCCGAGAAGCAGCGGCCAGGAGGGCCCCCAUCCCUGGACCAGCUUCGAGCUGAACGUCUUCGGCGGGAAGCAACGGAACGGGCUCGUGCAGAGGCCCUGCUGGCCCAAGUCCGAGGCACAGCCCCCCAGGAAGACCAACCUGAAGAGGAGGCCGAUGAACGGCGGAGGCGGUACAACUCCCAGUUCAACCCCCAGUGGGCCCGGCGUCCCGCCAGCAAGACCCAAGUGCUCACUGACUCCUGGGGGGAGAGGAGAGGCCGUAGCUGCCAGCCGUCAUAUAAAACUAUUUAUUCAUAAAUAUUUUCCAAAAUGAAAA